UGACGUCUAAUAUUUAUUGAAACUCCAGUUUACUACCAAUACUGAAAAUCAACAUCAUCAACACGUAAAUUUUAUUACAAAGUUACUUUUACAAUGAUAUGAAAAAUAUUGAACUAAAGUGCAAUUCUGUGAAUAUAUCUGACUAGAUGAUUCUUUCCUAUCAAACCAGUUUUGUCAUGCAUUGAUAAAAUUUUGAAGAUGGUAAAUAUGGAUCCCUCGAAGAAUACAAGUAAAACCAGCUCCCUCAAAGCUCUAAUUCUUAGAGCUUGGCGGGAACGUUGGACUGAUAUCCAAUGGGGUAUUAAUAUCAAGACUAUCCUGCCUAGAGGAGUCAGCGGGGAUCUUUAUAACCUAGCGGAUUGCAUACUUCAACAAGCUAUGGUAGGAUGUGGCGCCAACCAAUUAGUGAUAUCAUAUUUGAAACAUUCUCUUGCAUCUCACCUUGUAUCUUAUGCUGCUGUACUACAAAGGAUAUCAAAGUUUGAUGCAUUUCACAAACCGCAUUGCAUUUUAAGCUUGCUCGAAUUCUUAGAAGGGUUCCUUGAUAGCAUAACAUGUAGAGGUAAAAUGGAAGAGGAAGUACUGGCAUACGCUGUAUCUUCAAUAAUACUGUGGCUUUUACAAGUAUACCAUUACUCUUUAAGUAAGCACCCAUCAUCAAACUCAAUACAAAGUCAAGAAUUACUUGAAAAGUCUACACUGGUCUUAAACUCUAUCGUGAAUACAGAUUUUUUGGUUGCAAUGUUCUAUCUGGCAAAGCAGAAUGAUCCUGAUGAAUAUAAUAAGGUUACUAAGAAGUGUCAAGAAAUUACUACAUUUAUUAUGAUGAAUACUCAGUUUAAAGCGCCUGGAACUAUACAUGAUACUCUACAAAAAAUCUGUAAUAUGGAUAUCGAUAAAAUAGCACCACUGAAUAAUAAAACCGAGUCUGUUACCCAUUGUUUGCAAGCUUUAAUAGCAAUUGAUAUAUUGUCCAAUCCAAGUGCUGAUUUACAUCAAAUUUCAAGCCAAUUAUUGAUGGUGAAGAGAAUAAAAGGUUAUAGUCUGUCUAGAUUAUAUUGCGAGUUGAUUAGAGCUUGUUUUAUAUCUCUCAAUGAUUCUAGCAAAGAUGCUUCAAAACAGGCAUUUUGGGCAGCAUUCACUUUUCUCAAAAUACCCCAGGUUAUGCAUCAUAUACACAAUUUGUGUGGCACUACUAGCAAAGAAGGUGAAUUUUCAGUAGAACUUGUGGAAGCUUUUGAAAAUCUCUUACAGUCUAAUCCAUUAUUGGAUAUUGUUGAUACAAAAAAUUCCUGUAACAGUAUAGUGUCUCUUGUAGAGCCAUUAGUAAAAGCAAAUGUUAUGACGGAUACUCAUUUGCAAUACUUCAGCAAAAAGAGAGAAAGCAAAGAUGUAAAAUUACAAAAAUUGGAACCUACAGGACUUCAGGGUUCUGUACCAUCUUUUCUUACUCGAGCAGAACCAACUUUAGCUGGAAUUUUAAAGACUCUAGGUGGAGAUUUCCAUAAAAUCCAUGAAUCCCUAUGUGCUUUGUUAUGUCAAAUUGUAGGUGGAGGUACUUUAGAAAAAAUUCUAGCUGUAGCCACAUUGGAAGGCAAAUUGAAGUUGAUUGCUUCAAGACUUAUAAAACUAAAUGAAUUGGCAUUACAUGCUGCUAGUGAGAAGGGUGCAUCCCAAUCAAAAGUGUACAUUUUUGACAUAUCAUUUUUGAUUCUUUGUUCAAUUGUACAAGAGUAUGGAGUUGAUACUGUUCUUGAAGAAAAUGGUGAUUCAUUCUUUGAGCAAUGGGUUAGAGAUUGUAUGGUAUAUAAAGGAGUUCAUAAGUCACCAGAUCUAAUACUACAAAGAUGUGAUCCUCAACUUGUAGAUAUUUUUAUCCAUCAUUUAAGUGCUACUGAAUUUGAUUUCAAAAACACUAACAUGAAACCUCAUGAUCUUUGUGAAAAUGUAAGUGGUGCUGUGAAAGAAGUUUUGUUUGCAUGGGAACAAGGUUCACUUUCUGCUGCAGAUGUGAAGCGUAUGUUGGACUCACUGAGGCAAAAAAUGGCAUCAUUAGCUGUCUGCGCAUCGGCCUGGUUGUGCUCUUAUAUUAAUGUGGUGCAUCAGGAUGCAUUUUUAAAACCAAUGAAUAUGGUACAACAAUUUCUAACACCACCUACAGAAAUAGAGUUAGCACAAAUUGAUAAUUUCAAGGAAAGAUCUGUUUUGAUGUCUCAGAUUAUUAGGAGAAUGCAAUAUGACAUCCAUCCUUCAUCUAUGUCAAAAUCCAAAAGUAUAUCUCUUUCACAUAAUAUUAUAAUGAGACAACCAAUUUUGGAACAGUUACAAACAGUUUGGGAGGAUAUUAAAUCUAGGGGAUAUCUCCAUAUUGAUGCUACACACAUAGCUGAGAGUCUCCUAAAUACUACUGGACCAAUAUGGUUUGUCACACAUUUAGUGAAAGAAACCCUGAAGUACAGAUAUUUGGAUGAUCUUGAUAGAUCCGUAGAUAUUGUUUUUGCUAUCAUGCAUUUAGACAUAGAAAAAUGCACUGAAGCUUUGUUGUUGCAUGUGUUACCUCAAUAUUUGUAUAAUGCCAAACUAUGUGAGGAUUUAGUUGAACCGCAGUCUGCUAUAUUGGCAAAAUUGUCAGUAUAUUGUGUUUAUGCUGCUUUAGAACAUAGCAAUUCAAACAAGACUCAGAGUUCUAGAAAACGUCGGCAUGAGGAGUCUGAAGAUAUGGAUCAAAUGAGUUCAACAAAUAAGGUGAGAAGACUGAAUGACAAUACAUCAGAUAGCAGUGGUGGAUUUUAUUCACAAGGCACAUCUGUUACUGGAAUAACUUUGAAAGAACCUUUACAAUCAGCUCUGGAGACAUUGUACACAUCAUUCUCUCAAUUGGCGGGAAAAAAUGGUGAUAUAUCACCACAGACACAUUUUAUAUUACAAUUUAUGUCAUAUGUCGUUCAAUGUGGGCAUGAAAGAGCUCAUUUGGUUUUACAGAAAAUGCCAAGUGAACUUGUGCCCACUUUGAUAAAAGCCCUUCCAGAUAGUUUUAACAUAAGCUUGAUUUUGAGGUUGUAUGAUCUAUCCACGCCUUAUGGGAGGAAAGAUACCGCUCGAGAUCUCUGUUUGUUGAGAAACAUGCGUCUCAGACCUGACUAAUAUGUACCACAUGGCUAUCAAGUGAACAGAUUGUCUUUAUAGGUGAAUUUUAAUUAAGUGAAGUAAUAUUACCUUAAUUCGAAAAACUGUAUCUUAAUUCAGUAAGUAGCUCAAUGUUUAAUCGAAAAUUGGAUUAAAAUAUUAAAUGAAGUCUCAAUAUAUGACAUAAUGAAUGAAAUUUAUAAUUAUGUUAGAUUAAGAUUAUGAAUGUGUUAAAUCCUAGGAAUAUAAAAUAUGAUUG